GAAACCCGAAAUAAACCUGCAGGAAAUUCUGGAUGUCUCCGACGUGCUGCAGGAUCCCCAGCAGCGCCGGGUCGUACAGAUCCGUCAUGAGCGCUUGAGAAGACAUGUCGCUGAAAGAGCCGGGGUUUAAACUCAGGGCGCUGUGAGCCGGCGCGCCGCUCUCUCCUGGUGGGAUCCUCCCUAUCGGGGCUUCCAGACCUCUGCAGCCUGCAUGAAGAACCGAGCGGCGCGGGUGCGAGUGGGGAAAGGGGACAGGCCGGUGACGUACGAGGAGGCACACCCGCCACACUUCAUCGCACACCGCAAGGGCUGGCUCUCCCAGCACACCAGUAACCUGGACGGAGAGGGGGGCGCCGCCGAGCGGACCGUCGAGGACGUGUUCGUCCGCAGGUUCCUCUUCGGAACGUUCCACGGCUGCCUGGCGAACGAAGUGGUGAUCAAGCGGCGCGGCAACGUGCUCGUGGUCUGCGCGGUCUUCCUGCAGAGACUGCCGCCCCAGAAAUUCUACUUCCUGCUGGGGUACAGCGAGACCCUCCUCUCGCACUUCUACAAGUGUCCCGUGAAACUGGAGGUGCAGACGCUGGAGGGGAGGGUCCCGUACAAGUACCUCUGAGGGGAGGGGGGAGGGGGGGGGGGCUGGACUGCGUGUUUCGCAGGUGACAGAAAGACUUUGCUCCGGUCCCUGAAAUGUGGAACUGAACCACUUCAAGCUCUCUGACCGCUUCUAAUAAAACCUGCCUGUUGGAGACUUUGCUGUUUUUUCUUCAUGUAAAUAAACCUGGAGUUGUGCAAAGGA